AUGGCUGGAAACUUCGUGCACCAAGUGGGCGGCCACACGACGGCCAAGACGAGUCUAAAAGCUCAGAAUGGCCACAUCUUGAAGCCGUAUCAGAGUAACCGGCGCGGUGAACGAGAACGCAACUUCUACGAGCGCGUGUUCACAUUGGAGACCGAGUCGCCGGAAUUUGCAGCUCUCAGGAGGUUCUUGCCAAUGUAUUACGGCUCAACUGUGAUCGCUGAAGCUGGGGACAACAAGGACGAGAUGGCGUCUACCAGCGCGCACGAUGGCGAAUAUCUGGUGCUGGAGGACUUGACGUGGGGCCGGCAGUGGCCCUGUAUCAUGGACAUCAAGAUGGGUACGCGGUCGUACGAAGACGGCGCGUCGCUUGAGAAAUCCUCGUACGAGAAGUCCAAGUCCUCAUUGCAAGAGAUCGCUGGAUUUCGUAUCCAGGGCAUCAAACGGCUGGACCCGAAAGAGAAAAGGUAUGUUGAGCUCGACAAGUACUUUGGGCGGAGUAUCACAUCCAUGGACGAGCUUCCUCGAGCUCUUGGCCGCUUUUUCCCACUGGAAAACAAGGCGAAAACAGUGAAGCUGCUCGAAGCGUUUCUGCAAAGUCUCGACCAGCUAAAGACGUGGUUCGACGAGCAGCAAACGACGAUGUUCAUCGCCAGCUCCUUCCUCUUCCUGUACGACGGCGAAGAGUCACCACACGAAGGCAAACCCGUCUCCGAAGCGUACGCGGCCGACAUCCGCCUCAUCGACUUUGCCCACGUAUCCCACCCAGCGUCUCCCCAGCUGGACGACGGCUUGCGAACAGGUAUCGCCACAUUGAUCCAGUGCUUCCAGACGCUGCUGCGUGAGUCGCAGGCGUAG